AUGUUUAAAUCAUUUAAGAAGUCAACCUCAAAUUAAAAUAAUUCAAGUUCUUAAUCUUCAUAAGAUUCUAUUUCUCUCGAAUAAUAAAGAACUAUAUAAUAAUUAAAAUUCUAAAGAGAUAAAAUAGAGAAAAUAAUUGAAGAGUAUUGGUAAAGAAUUGAUAAAUUGGAUUAAAUGAUCAAAGGGUAUAUUUCUGCUGGUAAAAAAAUUGCUGCUAAAGGAUGUAUAGGAGAAAUGUAGUCUCUAAAAAAAUAAAUUGAGAUUCAUCAUACAAAAGUUAACCUCAUAAUAAAAAUGAUAAUAGAUUUAGAAUCAAUGAAUUAGGAUCAUUAAUUAGUAACCGCUAUGUAAUAGGCAACCAGUUUAUUUUAACAAUAAGAAUAAUUCAAUGAAUAAUUGACUAACAAUCUGGAAUAUUGGAAAGACUUAAUGGAUGUUUAAUAGGAAAGAACUGACUUUUUUAAAGAUAUGGAUUAAAAAUUCAACAAUUAAGAUGAUAUAGAAGAAACACUAAAAUAAUAUGAAUAAGAAGUUGAGUUAGAAAAUAUGACUAAGUAAUUGAAUUCUGUGCCGAAUUAAUAGAUUAAUGCAGUCAAAGUAAAUUUGCCUAUUCAAAAAAAUAAUUCAUAAAGAUUAGAAUUAUUGAAUUGA